GCCCAGCCGCGCCGCGUCCUCGCCGCCCGCACCACGCCCGCCGCGCCGCAGGCCCCGGGCCCUCCGGUUCCCAGCGCGGCCCGGCGUCGCGGCCCCGUAUCCCGGCCCCGGCGAGAUGACGCUCAAGGCGAGCGAGGGCGACGGGGGCGGCGGCAUGCGCACGGCGCUCUCCGACCUGUACCUGGAGCACUUGCUGCAGAAGCGCAGCCGGCCGGAGGCUGUGUCGCACCAGUUGAAUGCUGUCACUGAGGACAUGUACACCAAUGGGUCUGCUGCCCCAGGUAGUCCUGCCCAGGGCAAGGGGCAGGAGGUGCGGAAAGUGCGAGUCAUACAGUUUGAGAAGGUCACAGAGGAGCCCAUGGGAAUCACUCUGAAGCUGAAUGAAAAACAGUCCUGUACAGUGGCCAGAAUUCUUCAUGGCGGCAUGAUUCAUAGACAAGGCUCCCUUCACGUAGGGGAUGAGAUCCUAGAAAUCAAUGGCACAAAUGUGACUAAUCACUCAGUAGAUCAGCUGCAGAAGGCAAUGAAAGAAACCAAAGGAAUGAUUUCAUUAAAAGUGAUUCCCAACCAGCAAAGUCGUCUUCCUGCACUGCAGAUGUUCAUGAGAGCACAGUUUGACUAUGAUCCCAAAAAGGACAAUCUGAUCCCUUGCAAGGAGGCGGGACUGAAGUUUGUCACUGGGGACAUCAUCCAGAUCAUCAACAAGGAUGACAGCAACUGGUGGCAGGGGCGGGUGGAAGGCUCCUGCAAGGAGUCGGCAGGACUGAUCCCUUCCCCGGAGCUGCAGGAAUGGAGGGUGGCAAGUGCAGCUCAGUCUGCCCCGAGCGAAGCCCCGAGCUGCAGCCCCUUUGGGAGGAAGAAGAAAUGCAAAGACAAGUACCUGGCCAAGCACAGCUCAAUCUUUGACCAGUUGGAUGUUGUUUCCUACGAGGAAGUUGUUCGACUCCCUGCGUUCAAGAGGAAGACCCUGGUGCUGAUCGGAGCCAGUGGCGUGGGUCGCAGCCACAUUAAGAAUGCGCUGCUCAGCCAGAAUCCGGAGAAGUUUGUGUACCCUGCCCCGUAUACCACACGGCCGCCCAGGAGGAAUGAAGCACACGGGCAGGAGUACCACUUCAUCUCAGCAGAGGACAUGAUGAGGAGCGUCUCUGCCAACGAGUUCUUGGAGUUUGGCAGCUACCAGGGCAACAUGUUUGGCACCAAAUUUGAAACAGUGCACCAGAUUCAUAAGCAGGACAAGAUUGCCAUCCUCGACAUCGAGCCCCAGACCCUGAAGACUGUUCGGACAGCAGAACUUUCACCUUUCAUUGUAUUCAUCGCACCUACUGACCAGGGUCCUCAGACAGAAGCCCUGCAACAGCUACAGAAGGACUCCGAGGCCAUCCGCAGCCAGUAUGCUCACUACUUUGACCUCUCACUGGUCAAUAAUGGCGUUGAUGAAACCCUUAAGAAAUUGCAAGAAGCCUUUGACCAAGCAUGCAGUUCUCCACAGUGGGUGCCUGUCUCCUGGGUUUACUAAGCUUGCAAAAUGGGGAGGGGUGGGGGGAGAACCACUGUAUGUCCCUGUCCAGCAUUUGGAACUCCAUUCCCUUGCUUUGAGACAAACAGGGCCACUCCAACUAAUUUUAUGUCUGCUUCCAGCUCUCUGCAACUAUCCCAAUUAGGCCAAAAGGAUUCAGUCUUCUUGCUCAGGCACUGGAAGGGUUGAGGUUUGAUUUUUCCUGAUAGAUGGGGCCCAGUUGAUCUGGAUUUCAAAAGAAUCUCUGGAAAUUGGGGUAACAAAUACUAUAAAAUGCAACUGCUAAUCAAAGACGCACAAAAAGCAAUGGACCGUGUCCCUCUAAAGCCUGUGCUCCUUCACCUUCAAUUAUCCUGGGCAUUUCAUGUGUCUUUUUACUUUGGAGAAAGCAUUUUUAGCUGCAACUUUCUGAAAUGCCAAAAUGAAACAGCUGUGCACUAGAAUGAUUUCUGCUGUAUGGAAACCUUCCAAAGCAAUAAAAGUGUUGCUGUGUUAAAACGCCAA